UCAAACCACCACAACUCCUCCAACCACGGCAGCUCGUCAAACCACCACAACUCCUCCAACCACGGCAGCUCGUCAAACCACCACAACUCCUCAAACUACUGCUGAUCGUCAAACCACCACAACUCCUCAAACUACUGCUGAUCGUCAAACCACCACAACUCCUCCAACCACGGCAGCUCGUCAAACCACCACAACUCCUCCAACCACGGCAGCUCAUCCUACCACCACAACUCCUGAAACAACUGCUGGUCAUCCUACCACCACAACUCCUCCUACCACUACUGCAACUGCCCCAACCACACAAUCUUACCGAUCAUCAAUUGGACCUUUAAGCAUUCUCCCGCUACAGUUUACUGUUCUGGUGGACUCACACAGUGCUCCUCCAUGCCUUGAUGGUGAUUAUUUUCCCAUUUUCUUGGCACCAACUCCGAUUAAUGGAGCAAAUCUUCCUGCAUAUGUCAAUCACACCCUUGAAAUUAAAGUCAGUUCAAAAGCUGAGCACACAACGAUUAAUGACCUAAUUGUGACAGGCCCACAGGGCAUUUUAAAGGAGAGACCUUCCACAGAUACAUACAUUAUAAAAUGGACACCAACUGAAGAUGAACUGAAUGACCAUUUUCCUAUUUGCUUUGUGUCUGAAGCAAGAGAUAGGUAUAACAGAAUCUAUCACUCAGAGCUGCGGUGUGUGACAAUUGAUGUUGGUCGCCAUGAGGCUGUUGUGACCUGCAAUGAAACAACUAUGACUGUAGAAGUGGCAAAGACCUACAUCAUCAAACGUAACGAGGACAACCUGCAUCUAAAUAGCUUCACCGAUUCUUCUUGUAACCUCAAAAGACUCUCCAACGAAACCCAUGUGGUGGCUGUGAUGGAGCUGGGCGCAUGUGGGACUCAGGUUGAGGAGGAUGAAGAUAGAAUAUUCUUUCAGAAUGAGAUCACUUCAGCUGACCCAAAUAAAAUCAUUUCCAGGCAACAUGAUGUUGAAAUUGCCUUUACCUGCUCCUACCCAAAGCGAACCAACCUGACUCUGGGAUUCAGACACAAAAACCCGUACGCCUUCAGAGAGAAGGGCUUUGGUGCUUUCACCUUCCAGUUUGAGUUCUUCGAGAGCCAGCGUUUUAGGAAGCAAGUGGAUUCCAGCAGCUACCCGGUGGAGGUUUACCUGAAGCAGAUGAUCUUCAUGCAGAUCGAAGCCACCUCGUCCAUCCCAAACACUGAGCUGUUUGUGGAGUCCUGCAGGGCGACUCCCUACGACAACCCCAACUCCCGCAUCAGCUACACCAUCAUCGAAAACGGAUGUGUGAAGGACAGAACAGUGCAAAUCUACCAAAGCCCAAAGUCUCAGUUCAGGUUUGGCAUGGAGGCUUUUGAGUUCAUCGGCGCUCACGAGGAGGUUUACAUCACCUGUUCGGUCCUCCUGUGUGAGAUCGGCGUUCCUGGAACUCGAUGCUCUCAGGGAUGCAUCAGAUCCAACUCAUGGAACAAUCGCAAGAAGAGGGACGCUGCGGCUGAGACAAGCAGCCACUCCAUUUCCCAGGGUCCUUUGCACCUUGCUAGGACUAAAGAUGCCAAAGCAACUGGACCAAGCCUGAGCCUGGGCCUGAACCUGGUCUUCAUCGUCGGCUGCCUGCUGGCGUGUGCAGUGGUCGUCUACCGAUCUAGAAGAGCCAAAGCUAAAUACCAACCGCUGGCAACCUCUGAGACAGACUGAACUCAGAUCUGCUGCUUCCUUAGUUUCUGUCUUUUCCCUACUGGUGGUUUGAAUGAUAAUUACUCCAUAUAAUAAAAAAGUAACAUGAUCUGAAAAUAAAACAACCUUAUGUGAUGGAUGAAAUAAUGUGGGUCUUUGUGGAUUUAUGUCUGAUUGUUUUCAACACAAAUUUAGAUCAUUUU